UUGUUGCUCUCACUAAAAGACAAGAAUCCGACGUGGACAAACUUUUCGAAUCACGAGGCUGUCUUCUUCUACGUCCUCUUCGCGUAUAUAAGCAUGCACAAGAGUUACCUCCCACUUCACAACACACAUCUCAUUUCCUCUGCAACUAAACAGUCACGAGUCAACUCGGCCAGUCACGGUUAAAAAAUCUAAGAAAAUGGGAGCUUGCGGUUCACGUCCAGCGAGGAGGAGGGGCACGGCCAAGCUGAUUUUUCCAGACGAGACGUUGCAGGAAUUCUCGUCACCGGUGAAGGUGUCGCAGAUUCUGCAGAAUAACCCGACGUGCUUCGUCUGCAACUCCGACGAUAUGGAAUUCGACGAAGCCGUUCCGGCUGUCACCGGCGGCGAAGCCCUCAGGCCUGGCCAGUUGUACUUCGUUCUACCGCUGGCGUGGCUCAACCACCCUCUCCGACCGGAGGAAAUGGCAGCGCUGGCCGUCAAAGCAAGCUCGGCGUUGGCCAAUAACGGCGGCGGCGGCUGGGAUGAGAACUGGGCCUGCUGCGAAGACGGCUCUUUCUCCGACGGGGACACUAAGGGAGAGAGAGUGAGAGGCAACAGCAACAACACCGUCAACGGAGGUUGCCGGAAUGGGAAGAACGUGAAGCUGAGCACCGUUCGGGAGUAGGUGCAGUUUGGUAAUUCGUGAGGUUUGAAAAUCGUCCGACGUCUAAAACAGUUGUUAGAGAGAGAGAGAGAGUUUGACUUUUUCCAGAUUGAGUAGUUUCGUAGAAGUCGUCAAAAUCAGCAGUUUCAGUUCACGGUCUAAAUGCGUGGCUUAGUUGGUCAACGCACGUAGUGGUUCGUAUUUCAUUUACGUAUUUGCCCCCUUGCAUGUGUAUAAAUAAUAUUUAAAUUUUAGGCAAAGGUCUUCUAAGACA